UCCGAUCAUAUACCAUCGUCCAAAGCUGCUCCAAGAUUUUCCAUUGCUGUAUUUACAUAAUGAAAAAGUGGCCCAUCAUGAUGACCUCGUAGGAUUUUUAUAUCACGUCAGAACACGUAAAUUCCAAGACAAAAAGUAAACGUGACCGUGAACUUUGCCCAAAUCUUUCUUUUUUUGUACUUGCAUUAAUUUUAAAUCAUUUUUUCAAUCAUCGAGCCGGUUGUAUUUCUCGUUUCAUUCAUUCAUUGCUAACUUUUGUGGACAAUAAAGAGAUUAGAAAAAUGAGCCUGUCAAAGAAUCGCAAAAGUUUGGAUUUGGACGAUGAAAAUGAAUCAUCGGCACACUACUUGCGUUCACAAUGGACAGUCUGUGUCAAGUCAGCCAAAAUUCUGAAGAAAGUGACUGUGGUGAUGAGAAGUGCAGAGAGAGUUGAUCGAGUUUUUGGAUCAGCAUGGCUAAAGUCUGAAAAGUACAUGACAAAGGUGAAUGCUACUGAUAUCAAUGUGCCAAAAGGAGCUGUUUUGCAUCCACAUUUUUAUCAUUUCAAUCCACCAAUCACUAAUAUCGGAAAAUACUCGGCUCAAUUAAUUGGACGUGCUCUUCGUAACCGUGGAAUCGAGCCAGGAGUCAUAUUUUGUUCUCCUACUCUCCGUACUCUUCAAACGGCUGCUGCAAUCGCCAAAUCGACUGGUGCCCGGAUUCUCGUUGAGCCAGGACUUUUGGAGCCAAUGGAAUGGUAUCGUCGAGCUGGUGCAAAACAAUUGCCAGAUUUUUUCGAUGAAGCGCUGGAUUUCCCACAAGUUGAUAAAACUUACAAGCCAAUCUUCUCGAUGCACGAAUUUACCAGCAUGUUCGGAGCAAAAAGCCAGGAGCAGUGUAUUCAACGUAUCAUGCUAGUUGUGAAAAAUAUUUGUGUCAUUUUCCGUGAUACUCCUGCUCUAAUUAUCGGCCAUGCAGUUACAAUGGACGUAGCAUCAAAAAUCGGACAACAUGGUGACAUGUUGAGUAGUGGACAUACUGAAGAUUUGACAUCCUACGAAGAUUCGACGUAUCCAUCAGAUCCCAGUGGACAAGCAGCCAAAUUGGAACUUGGUGUCCGUUAUCCUCCUCUGAGUGUUAUGGGACUUGUUCGUAAUAAUGAUGCUCCGCCGCAUGUGCUCAAGACAGUUCCCGAUUUGAUUCCGCCCUUGUCAAUGGGAUCCUAUUCCAACAAAAUUUUGAAUUGACAGUAUCACUGAGAAAAUAAAAGAGUGUUCAUUUUUUGUUUAAAAUAAAUUGACCAGUUUAUGAA